AGCCAUCCGAGCUGUAAAUCAUGAAACAGCAGACGGGUGCAGAUCAGAGCUGCAGGAGGGGGACAGGGGUGCAUGGCUGCAACAUGCCUGCGCCUCUCCACCGCAACCCGACCAGCCGUGCCAGCGUCCGGCAGCGCCAUAAUCAAACUUUUCUGUACAUUUGCACGUCACCUGGACGCGAAACAUAAAUUUGGCAUCCUAUGCAAAUAUAUGCUGACGUAAAAGAUCAUGUGGUUUUUGUCGUCGAUCCCCCCUAUGAGCAACGAGGAGGCUUUUUUUUCUCCUCUCUACUGUUGUCUUUAGGUUAGCUAUGCUACAAUCUUUACUGUACCCAGCGCUAGCUAUAUGCGCCCCGCACCGCACCACUCUGGAUAUCUGGGAAUAAUCAACUUCCAGUCUGUCGCACCCUGCACCCAGAGACUACACACAGUUUCCCACAGUUCCCUGCUUCACCUAUUGAACCCAGCCACCAGCCCAGGAAUGGAGCAGGGGGAACGGCAGGAAUGUGGCUCCCAGUCCGAGCCAAAAACACAAAACAAGGAAGGCAGACCUCGAACGCCCCGCCUGCGGGGAGCCUGAGCCACAUUUCCAUUGGCUGACCGCUGUAGGCUGACCAACAAUCCCCCGUCCCCAUUGGCUGCUUCUCCGUCUUCACUCCCUGCUGCUGUCUGGCCUAUCAGAGCGCUCUCAUGCUGUUAAAGUUCAACAGGAGAUUACCCAGAGUGCCGCUGGCCUGAGGAUCAUCCAGAAAGGAGAAAGAAGAAGAAGAAGAGUGACGGAGCGUGAAGAUCGAGGACGACGCGACAGCGACAGGAGGAGGUGGAGCCUCAGGAAAAAAAAGUCCCUCCCCCUCUCACCGGUGAAGCCCCUCCCCCUCUGAGGAAGUGCACUUGAGCGCCGCUGCUGUCUGUGAUGCCCUCCCAUGACGCCCAGGUCGGGAGCUGACACUGCCAGUGAGCGGGAGACGCCACUGCACAACCGGUCCUGGGCCAGCGCCGUCAGCCGGUUCUCGCCCUCCCUCUCACACGCUGGAGACUCCACCUCCACCCGCCUUCCAGUAUCCACAAUCAUCAGCUCCGAUCCACCUCAGUAAGGCCCCCUUGAAAACCGACACGCUGACGUCCUCGGCCAGCACCAGCAGCAGCAGCCAAAAACCACAAUAUCUUCAGCGCAAUCAGCAACACCAGCACCACCAAAAUCACCAGCAGCAGCAGCAGCCAUCAUGUCCAGUCGUAGAAAGUCCUCCACCCCUUGCAUGGUCCGGGUCAUCAGCGACCCGCCAGAAGAGCAAGAUGACCCGGGGGAGGUGAUGGACAUGGAAGUGUUGGCAGACAACAAUGUGACAGAAAAAGAACAGUCUGAACCAUCUGAAUCUGCAGAGAAGAGUGAAGACCCCCAGCAGGAGAAUCCAGACCAGCAAACAUUUUCAAAACCAGUGGAAACCCAGAAUCCUGAGCCAUUAGAUCAAGAGGAGCAGUUGGGUAAAGAAGACCGGCCCCCUGUCAUUGAAGAUGUAGAAGCCAGAGAGGAGAAGGACAGGGAAAUGGUCGAAUCUGACCCAGAAUCCCAGAAAAAGCAGCCCAGGGGCUACGAGUGUAAAUACUGCCCGUUUUCAACGCAGAACCUGAAUGACUUUAAAGAGCAUGUGGACUCCAGCCACCCUAAUGUCAUUCUCAAUCCGUUGUACCUCUGUGCUGUCUGCAACUUCAACACCAAGAAGUUUGACUCGCUCACAGAGCACAAUGAGAGCCAGCACCCUGGUGAGACAAACUUCAAGUUCAAGAGGAUAAAAAAGAACAAUCAGACUAUCUUGGAGCAGACAAUCGAAGGCAAGGACAAUUCAGUUGAAUGCGAAAUGACAAAUGAACAGGGUGAAGGCAACAGCAACAGUUCUGUGUUUCCACCUUGCAUAUCAACCACGGUGAAAACUCCGGACGCUAUCAAGUCGCUCUAUCAAGGGAGCGAACUGAAAAGCCAGCUGGAUGGCCUGAUCCAGAAGGAUCAAAUCACAGCAGUGAACAUCAACGGAACAGUCAUCAUCCCUGAACCCACCAUCCUCCAAGGGCUUUCCCAUGUCACUCCAAUGCUCCAGCGCCCACCCAACUUUAACUCUGUACCAAAAAUAGCCGUUCCUUUGAACACCACCAAAUAUAACCCUUCCCUUGACGACAACCUGACAUUGAUCACCUCCUUCAACAAGUUUCCUUACCCGACUCAUGCUGAAUUGUCAUGGCUGACAGCUGCCUCCAAGCACCCGGAGGAACAGAUCAAAGUCUGGUUCACCACCCAGCGGCUGAAGCAAGGCAUCACCUGGUCACCGGAGGAGGUGGAGGAAGCCAGGAAGAAGAUGUUCAACGGCUCCAUCCCUCCUGCCCAUCACACAUUCACCGUCCUGCCUACAAGCCCUGUCUCUGAGCCGUUUGCCAAAGCCUCCCAGCAGCCCAUUGUCCACACCACAGUGGAGCAUCCAACUCGUGUCCGGACAGUCACGUCCAAUGGGUUUAGUAUAGUCACCACCACAAACUCUCCCGCGGGAGUCGCCAUUGGCUCCAACCACUCCCUUAAACGAUCCCUGUCAACACACCUAGCAACAGUGUUCGGCCCGGAGUCUAAGCGACCAGUCAUGGCAGUCGCCCCCCAUUCUGGUGACCCUAAAGAUAAGGGCCUCAUGGCUCCACCUCCACCUCCUCCCCCUCAGAAAGACCGCCACCCAAUGGCUCCACCUCCUGUUCCUAUGGAGAUGAAGAGAUCUGUAGCAGUUCCUCUGGUCACCACAGAGAUGAAGAGGUCAUCCGCUGCUGUGCCUUUAAUGCCACCACCAUCGUCGUCGUUAUCACAAUCUUCAUUGUCCAAAGGGAAGUUUCCCUCAACGUUAGGAAACCCCAAAACCAAGCCGUUGGUGUCACUGCCCUCCAUAGUCUUUCCAGAGUCCUUAACAAGGCCAUUGAUAGUUCCACCACCUAUCUUUGCCCCAUCCUUUAAAAACUCAUUACUUAUCCCUCGAACUUCGUCCACCACUUCCAAAGAAAAGCACCCCAAUACCCACACUUUGCCAGCUGCUGAUUUGAAGCUGCCCAACUCCCCUCCUCUCAUUACCCCACAGAUAAGGAGGCCGCCCAUCAUCCAAUCCAUUCGCACUCCAGCUAAAGCCCCGCCCCAGAUUCCAGGGUUCCCCUUGCAUAGCAAGAAACUAAAAGAGCAGCAAGGUAUGGAGCUGAAAGCCAGCUACCCCAGAGGAGACAAGGUACUCACUCCUCUGGCAGAAGCCAACGGGACAUCUCGCACAGAUGGCAAAUGGUCCAGUGAUCAGAUCUCUCUUGUUCACAACAAUGGAGUCAUACAUUUGGAUGGUGGUGAGCCACCAGCGCUGCUGAAACCAGAUUUUCAGCAAAAGUCUUCGGUGCUGACCCAGUUCCCCCUGCUGGAGAGAAUGAAAGGAAAGACAGCGGAACAGCUGAAGAUCUUGGAGGAGAACUUCUUGAGGAACAGCUUUCCCACACAUAGCGAUGUGGACAAUCUGGCAGCCUCCACCCGCCUGUCUCACCAGGAAAUCGAGAGCUGGUUCGUGGAGCGCCGUGCACUCCGCGACAACCUUGAACUGGCCCUGCUCAACUCUAUGGGCACUAAGAGGAUGGGCGCUGGUGGCAUCGCUGCCAUAGCUGAGAAACGACUACAUCAGCAGCAACAGCAACACCAAACUCUACAGCUGAAUGGGAUUCACAAACCAAGCACCGGUGUGGGCCAUCUCAAAAGCCCUCCUCCUCCUUCACAUACCCUGCCCAUCAUUGCUUCCUCCGUCCCCAACCCAAAUUCCUGCUCAGUGCCUCCAGACAGCCGAUCCCUGGCGCUCCUCAAGGACGACUUUGCUCAAACACGGUGGCCUUCCCCUGAGGAGUUCAGCCAACUUGAGGGUCGGACAGGACUGGCGCGCGCCGACCUCGCCCGCUGGUUCAACGACAGCCGGUCAGCACUGCAGAGCGGCAGCAUGGAGCUGAAAGAACUUUUUCACAACAAUGGAGUGAAUGGAGGGCAGGGGCCGCCUGUGUGCUCCCCCAAAAAUACUCCCUUAAGCCUCAUCCAGCACUGUCAGGAAGGAGCUGUAACAAACAACAACAACAGCAGUAAGGUGCUGGAGGUUGAGUUGGGCUGGCUGAUGGAGCAGCGCGCUAACAGCCUCAGUCAGCACGAUGAGCUCCAAGACCGGUUUGCCGGCAGACUGAGGCAGCAGAACGCGGUGGAGCUGAAGAACGGGGGUCAGAACGGGGGAGUGGUGGGAGCGGCGCGGGAGGUGUUCGGGAGCUGGCUGGAGGACGGACACUCGAGGAGAGGACGCGAGCUGCUCCUGGACAGAGACAAGAAGAUGGUGGAGGACACGUCCGGGAGGCUGACUGGAUAAACGGUGCGAAUAGGAUUUCCCACCAUCGCCGCCGCCGCCGCCGCUGCUGCUGCUGCUGCUGCUGCUGCUGGAAACAUACAGGAGGAAGGAAAAAAAAAAACGAGGUGGACGGAGAAUAGAGUAACAAAAGAAGAGUUUUUUUUAACUAUCAGAUAUUGUUUUUUUUUCUCCCUUUUUUUUUUUUUUUUUUUUUUUUUUUUUUUACUGAUUUUUAUCUCUUGAUUGUCGCAUCCCAGAUCACGCACAACAUCCUCCUCCGUCAUGUCGGAGGUAAUCUCGUCAGCGUGCUCGACCUGAAGUGACCCCCCCCCCCCCCCCCCCCC